GUUUUAUUCCAACACUUUCUAACGAAACGCGUUGAUUAAUCAAACCAACGACAAGCUUAUAGCUACGAAAAUCGAAGAUGAACAGAGGUGGACAGUGGUGGGUUAGAGGCAAGUGUUUGAAACUAUGUUUCUCAAAUGUCUGGGCUUCAGCUGUUCCAAGAACACAUCUCAGAGAAAUUAUCCAACAAUUAUAGAAGAGUUGAGCCUUCAAUUUUCUCUCUCCCAUCUUACCAAAUCAACCAACAACUUUGAUCCAAAAAGGGUAGUUGGACGUGAUUCAUUUUGGGAAGUAUAUGAAGCUUCUCUCCAACAUAGACACGGCUCUCCUUAUACACUCACAAUAAAAAGAUUUAAUGUAAAAUACAAUGGCAACUUCAAGAAUGAAAUAGAGUUGCUCUGCCAGCUUCGUCACCCUAAUAUCGUCUCUCUUGUAGGAUUCUGCAACCACAAGAAAGAGAAAAUUAUUGUGUACGAAUACCUGUCCAAUGAAUCUCUAGAUCGACAACUUGAAAGAGGGGAACUUUCGUGGAAGAAAAGACUAGAGAUUUGCAUAGGAGCAGCACGUGGACUGCACUAUCUUCACGCUGGAGCCAAGCGCACCAUCAUUCAUCGCGACAUCAAACCUAGCAACAUUCUUUUGGAUGCAAACAUGGAGCCAAAGAUUUCAGGUUUUGAUCUUAGCGUACAGGGACAGCGUUUUAUGUCAAAGCCAAAGCCAAUUAAAGUAGAUUCUGUUGCGGGUACUAUUGGCUACGUGGCUGCGGAGCAAUUUAUGAACCUGACCAUCACAGAUAAAACCGAUGUUUAUUCAUUUGGUAUGGUUCUAUUCGAAGUUGUGAGUGGAAAGACAUAUAUGAGUUUAAUAGAAGAAGAGGAAAAGUUUGAAAUGCCGGUUGAAGAGAAAGUUGAUCCGAAAAUCAAAGGAAAGAUUACACCUGAGUCUUGGCAAGUCUUUAUAGAUAUCGUGCAAGGAUGCUUGAAAUACGAAGCAGAUGAGCGACCAACAAUGGGUGAGGUAGAGGUGCAACUUGAGCAUGCUCUGUUGUUGCAGGAACAAGCAGAUAUCACAAACAUCCAUGGUGAUUAUGUUUUAUUGUCUAAAACCAUUAUUAACCUAAAGGCUAGUUAGAAGAUGAAGAUAUCGGUAUAACAGAGGACAGUGACUAAGAAGACAUGUUUCAUAGUUAAUUUUGUGAGCUCAAAUAAAGGCUUUUAGCUUUUUCAGACAAACAAAGCUGUUAUCUUAACUUUUGCAAUAAUUCAGUUCAAUUAUGAUAUCUCUAGCUUUUGUACCAAUCAUGGUUCAAGCAUUUUGAUGAAUGCUGAAGUAUAUAAAUCUGAAGAGUGAAGAAA